GGCAUGGCAGUUUUGUUUAGUAGACAACAACAAUUGUGCGUUUUACUGUUUAAGUUUCUGUUUUUGAAGAAAAAUACAUUGAAAAUUCAGAAAUCAGUCUUAGAUUUCUUGUAAAAAGGCCUUGAAUUUGAUCUCUCUCCAUCUCUCCAUCUCUCUAGCUUGCACUUUAUUCUCUUCAAAUUCCACAAACACUUUGGAGAGAAGCCUUCUUCUUUCUCUUUCUUUCUUGCUCUUUAUUUUCUGUCUGCUACAUUGUCUUCUUCUAACUUCAGAAUCCCUCAUUUCAUUUCUUUUCUUCUUUGCCACCAAUUACACUGUUCUCUUCCUCUCUGUUUUGCUCCAACUUCUUCUUCUUCUUUGAUUUCAAAGUUUUCUAUUCUGGGGCACUUUCCUUGUCUUGAAAUUACCUAUUAAUUGGGUGAUUGAUCAUUUUCUAUAAGGAAGGUUUUAGCAGUCAAAAAUAGAGAAAAUUUCUAUUCAUGGGCACUUUGUUUUGAACUAAAUACACUAGCUUUCUUGUAUUACUUCAAUUUCAAGAGAACUGGAGAUCUGUAUGAAGAAGAGUUGUUAAUACAAUGAGAGAUGGGUACCAGAAAAAAUCCAAGCUCUCAUGGUCUAAGAAUCUGGUUAGGAAAUGGUUCAAUAUCAAGAGCAAAGCUGAAGACUUUCAUGCAGAUGAUGUUUGCUAUGGAGGUGGUGAUGGAGAGUGGAGAAACAGCUUCUCAGAAAGAGAAUCUUGCACAAUAAAGAAAAGCAAAACAGAAAGACUGGAUAGACGGAAUGUUGAAAGAGUCCGGCGAGCAAGUGUUGAUUUUGAACCAGCUCAAGUUAUUGACAUUCAUAACUAUAAAAUCUUUGUAGCUACUUGGAAUGUGGGUGGAAAAUCUCCACCAAGUUAUUUAAGUCUUGAAGAUUGGCUUCAUACAUCACCUCCAGCUGAUAUAUAUGUUUUAGGAUUUCAGGAAAUUGUUCCAUUAAAUGCUGGAAAUGUUUUAGGGGCAGAAGACAAUGGACCUGCGAAAAAAUGGUUGGCUCUUAUUCGGAAAACCUUAAACAAUCUCCCUGGCUCCAGUGGUAGUGGGAGUUGUUAUACUCCGUCUCCCAUUCCUGACCCGGUUGUAGAGUUGGAUGCCGAUUUUGAGGGAUCAACAAGGCAAAAGACCUCAGCUUUUUUCCACCGCAGAUCCUUCCAGUCAGCUCGCAGCAUGAGAAUGGAACCUAAACUUGAUCGUCGAUACAGUGUUUGUGAUCGUGUAAUUUUUGGCAACCGUCCGAGUGACUAUAUCGGCAGCAGGCCAAGUGAUUACACUGGUAGCAGGCCAAGCGAUUACACCGGUAGCAGGCCAAGCGAUUACACCGGUAGCAGGCCGAGUGAUUAUGCUGGUAAUAGGCCGAGUGAUUAUGCCGGUAACAGGCCAAGCGAUUAUGCUGGUAGCAGGCAUAGCGAUUAUGUUGGUAACCGGCCUAGUGAUUAUGUUGGAAAUAGGCCGAGCGACUUUGGUCCCAGUUACAGAUGGGGUUCAUCAGAAGACGAUUACUGUCCUGGGGAUUCACCUAAUAUGCCAUAUCUUUCACCGUCAUCUUAUGGUUAUGGUGGGUCUGCAAUGGACGAGAGAGAAAGACCAGCAGGGCGUUCUAGGUACUGCUUGGUAGCUAGUAAGCAAAUGGUUGGAAUAUUUCUCACUGUAUGGGUACGAGGAGAAAUUAAAGAUGAUGUGCGCAACAUGAAAGUCUCUUCUGUUGGGAGAGGAUUGAUGGGAUAUCUAGGGAACAAGGGAUCAAUCGCAAUCAGCAUGUCGCUGCAUCAAACAAGCUUCUGCUUUGUGUGUACUCAUUUAACUUCAGGUCAGAAGGAGGGUGAUGAACUAAGAAGAAACUCUGAUGUCAUGGAGAUUCUGAGGAAGACAAGGUUUCCACGAGUGCAGGGAGACGAUAAAUCCCCUGAAACAAUCCUCGAGCAUGAUCGAAUCAUAUGGCUGGGCGAUCUGAAUUAUCGGAUAGCUCUUUCUUAUCGUUCUGCAAAAGCGCUUGUUCAGAUGCAAAACUGGAGAGCAUUGCUAGAAAAUGAUCAGCUUCGCCUAGAGCAGAGACGUGGCCAUGUCUUUGAUGGAUGGAACGAAGGAAAAAUAUAUUUCCCACCUACAUACAAAUACUCGUAUAACUCUGAUAGAUAUGCAGGUGAAGACAUGCACUCUAGAGAGAAACGCCGAACCCCUGCAUGGUGCGACCGUAUAUUAUGGUAUGGAGGAGGUAUUCAGCAAUUAUCUUAUGUUCGUGGUGAAUCCACAUUAUCAGAUCAUAGACCAGUUUAUAGCUUCUUCACGGCAGAGGUUCAUUCAAUUAACCGCAGUCGAGUUAAGAGAAGUACAAGUUACUCAAGUUCCCGUGUUGAGAUCGAAGAACUUUUACCACACCCAUAUGGAUAUACUGAACUAAAUUUCUUUUGACGGUGCGGGAACCUAUUGAGACCAUGCAAGGUACAGAGUUGCACAUUCAGGGAAAGUGAUGGUGUUGUUUCAUUCACGGGUAUUUCAAGUUUUAGGAUUUUAGACAAAGUUGGGGCCUAUUAAAGCUCAUUGAUUCUUGUAUUCUUUUCCACACAAGGUAGAUAUUGUUAACAAAAAAACCUCUUUCUCUCAGAUGGUGAUGGAGACAAUCCAUCCCUCAUAACAAACAGAUUUUGUCACUAACUUAAACGCACAGGCCAGCAUAUGCAAUUCGUCACAUUUUAACCAACAACAGCUACUUACCGAUAAUUUGUCCCAGGGAAUCAUUCUCAUUUAAGAUCAGGGACACACUUGACAACCUUGCAUCUGCGGGUAACAUACUGUUUAGGAAAAUUGAAUAUUUAGAGAAGAUUAGCAAAGUAGUCAUUUUUAGUUUACAUUCUUUUUUUCUUUGUUAUUGUUUUUAGUUUUAAAAGGCAGCAUUAGUGGCUGAUGCGAUGCAGUAUUUUUAUCAUUAUGAUGAUUCAACAGAACUGUAAAAAAAAAAAAGGUUAAAAGAAUAUUUUUUUAAUUUUUAAUCAAUACAACAACAAAUUUUAUA